UGAAAUGGGACGGGGCUUGACACGAAAUCUGAGAUUUGAUUCUGACUUAAGCCGCGCUGUAGUGUUUAGCCUGUGAGGCUGCAGUUUACGCACAUCUACUUUAUGUCAACCAUGUUGUUGUAAACUGCUGGUGGUGUUGAUGAGGAUAAUCCUGGACGCAUACCGGAUCUGCACAGCUCGACCGCUGUCCCCGUCGGUAAGAUUGUGUCAGCUUUGCCCCAUGGAUAAAAUCUCUACCCAGGCUUCCUGAUUAUGUGAAACAGCGUAAACAACACCUAUUCUUAGAAAGUUCAAUCAGAGACAGAAGCCAAGAUGUCCAUCGCCAACACACCUACCAGUAACGAUGCCUGUCUAAGCAUCGUGCACAGCCUUAUGUGUCACAGACAGGGUGGUGAGAGUGAAACGUUUGCCAAGCGGGCCAUUGAGAGCUUAGUUAAAAAGCUGAAGGAGAAGAAAGAUGAGCUUGACUCGUUAAUCACAGCCAUCACCACCAACGGAGCCCAUCCCAGCAAGUGUGUGACAAUUCAGAGGACUCUGGAUGGACGGCUGCAGGUUGCUGGCCGUAAAGGGUUUCCUCAUGUGAUCUACGCCCGGCUGUGGCGGUGGCCUGACCUGCAUAAGAAUGAACUGAAGCACGUCAAAUACUGCCAGUUUGCCUUCGACCUCAAGUGUGAUAACGUGUGCGUCAACCCUUAUCACUAUGAGAGAGUGGUGUCUCCUGGCAUAGAUUUGUCAUCACUGACACUGACUCCAUCUGGGCCUGGCUCGUCACUGAUGGUAAAGGAUGAGUAUGAUUUUGACGGACCUCCGAGUCUACCCUCCAUCGACGGAGGGCACUCCAUGCAGACCAUCCAACACCCCCCAUCAGGCAGCCGCCCAGCUCCUUCUGAAUCAUUUGCAGCCCCUAACCUGCUUCCCCCUGCUGAGGCCUCCACCUCUGCAUCCACGUCAUCUUUCCCCGCCAUCGCUUCUGGAUCAGGAAGUGCCAGCUCAAACUGGUCAAGGAACAGCAGCUUCACCCCCAACAUCCCCCACCACACCAACGGUCAUUUACAACACCACCCACCGAUGCCACAUCCAACACACUACUGGCCGGUGCAUAACGAGCUCGCCUUUCAACCGCCAAUAUCCAAUCACCCAGCUCCGGACUACUGGUGCUCCAUUGCCUAUUUUGAGAUGGAUGUUCAAGUAGGGGAGACGUUUAAGGUGCCUUCCUCUUGUCCCAUUGUGACGGUGGACGGCUACGUCGACCCCUCAGGAGGAGACCGCUUCUGUUUAGGCCAGCUCAGCAACGUUCAUCGUACUGAGGCUAUUGAGAGAGCGAGGCUUCACAUCGGCAAAGGGGUUCAGCUGGAGUGUAAAGGUGAGGGAGACGUGUGGGUGCGAUGCCUCAGUGACCAUGCAGUGUUUGUUCAGAGUUACUAUCUGGACAGAGAAGCAGGCCGAGCCCCUGGAGACGCUGUGCACAAAAUCUACCCCAGCGCUUACAUCAAGGUGUUUGACCUUCGCCAGUGUCACAGGCAGAUGCAGCAGCAGGCUGCUACUGCUCAAGCAGCAGCUGCAGCUCAAGCAGCUGCUGUGGCUGGAAACAUCCCUGGACCAGGAUCAGUAGGAGGGAUAGCUCCAGCUAUAAGCUUGUCAGCAGCAGCAGGUAUCGGGGUAGACGACCUCCGCAGGCUGUGCAUUCUCAGAAUGAGUUUUGUUAAGGGCUGGGGGCCUGACUACCCCCGACAGAGCAUCAAAGAGACCCCUUGCUGGAUCGAGAUCCACCUGCACAGAGCUCUGCAGCUACUGGAUGAAGUUCUCCACACGAUGCCUAUAGCAGACCCACAACCGCUGGACUGAGCUCUUCAGAACUGCAGCACCAGACUGCGAGUUAAAGUGGUGACAGAAAGUCUUCCUCAGUUUUGUGUGGAGAAUCUGGUUGCACAGCUGUGACUCUGAAGCUGUCCCACAAUAAGAAAAAUCCUUGGCUGUGUGUUUGCUGCACCUUUGAGCACUGUGGCCCUUGACCUUUGCUUUUUUAGCAGAAGUGACACAAAUAUGAACCAAAGCCAUGUAUUAAUAAAAUACAUAAUUGUAUUUAUGAUCAAUGGCUUUGACCAGUCAUGACUGGAAUGAAGAACUGUAGGACUUGAAUAUUUACAGUCAGAAUAUGCAUAUAGAUGACCUACAGAUCUGUGACACGGGAAUGUACUCUGAUUACUCAGCAUCCCUGAAGUCAACAAUCACAAACUACUGACAGACACUUGAUCAACUGAACCAUUUUUAACGUCUGAGUGCUGUUCUGAAAGGCUCUUACACCCAGGGUGUACUGUCAAGUUUUUAUUCAAGCUGUUACAAGAAUGUUUUCCACCUGGGUUUAACGAGCAUGCUCAGUCUGUUGUGGGGCUGAAUGUUAAAGCAGCAGCACUCAGAGAGGUGAGCAUCACUGCUCAAAUAUUACAGAAUGAAACAAUAAACCAGCAAGCCUAACGCCGAAUCUAAACCUCUGAUCUGAAACCAGGUCUGGUUAGUCGAGUCUAAUUGGUCAGGUAAUGUCAGACCUUGAGAAAUGGUGGUGUUACUGCUCUAAAUUAAAUCCCAUAAUCUCAAGUAAAGGUAGCGUCUUUGGUUGAGGCUUGUUCUUCACUCACUGAGAGACCCUGUUUAUACUUGAUUUUAAAGUAAGUCUUGAAGCGUCAGUUCACAAGUUGGCAGCCACAAAUUCAGAUGUAAACUACCUUUCAGUGUGAUCAGUUUGCUCAAACGACUUGACAUGUUAAUUUGUAAAACACUCAACCACAUAGUGUUUUUAUCUUAAAUGCCUUUACAUCCUCAUGAAGGCUGUAACAGAAAGAGUACUUUAUACAUCAAUGGAGGAUUUGAUGCCCUGUUGUGGGCCUAUUAUUAGUAACAAACAUAAUUUCUGCUAGGGAUGCAUGGUAUUAUUGGCAGAUAUCAAAAUUUCUGCCCAUAAUAUAGCUUUAAAAAUCCUCCUAUUUAAUACUGGCCAUAAGAACAAAUAAGUAAGUGGAGUUUUAGGCUGGAUUAACAGACCUACAUCAGCUGAAGUCUUUUUUUUCUUGUCACCAUUCCUUACACUUUAAAGUAUGUUUUAAGGACUGAAAUGUGUUCAUCUUCAAACUCUACCUUGUGUGUUUUAAGGUCUGCAGCUUUAGGUGCGAACUACAUUUAAAUAUCAGUAUCAGCUAACUGUAAUUUGUAAAUACCGGAGAUUAGCAAAAAUCCAAUAUUAUGCAUCCCUAAUUUCUACCCAUCUAUACUGGUGGAGUAUGAUCAACCUUAGGUGUAGGAAUUGCAGCAGAACUUCUGAUCUGAUAACAUGACUCAUAAAUUCUGCAAUUACUGAAGUAUUGCAUAUCAACAUAUUUGACCUAACGUAACUGACAGUUCACACCAUUCCUCAUGUAUUGAGAAUGACUGUUUCACAACUAAGAACUUUCAGGAAAACAUAACAGGCCACACCAGCAGGGUUUGGCACCACUUUUUAACCCCUCCCCCCAUUCGGUCAUGCACCAUGCAUGUAAAGAAAACUGUGAGUAUAGUGUUAAAAAUAAGCCUCAUAGAGUUUCGGUUUGAUUCCUCAGUUAAAGACGAGUGACAGGCAGAGAAGGGCAGAGAAACUCUGAGGGACUGUCUCAAAAUAAUCAUUGCAGGUUAAUUGCUCAAUUACCAUACUACUUCUAGUAGAUGUGUAGACUCCAUAUGGCAAAACCAGAAUGUUGGAAUAGAGCAACAGCUAUGUUGUAAACUUUGAACAAAAUUUAAAACAUCCCCCAGGAGAACAGUUUAAAUUUUUUUUUCUCCUUGGGAGAUUCCAAAAAAACAUACUGCAGCUAAUAUGUCAGGGUGACUUACAUUUUUUAAGGUGUGUGUGCCUUUCAGUCUUGUCACUCCUUAUUUGACUUCUUUAGGCUGUUUUCUGAUAGUACCCUGCUGUCUUUUUCAGUCAGUUAAAUGUAGUUCACAUUUACCCUUGUUUAUGUUGCAAGUGCCAGCAUGUGGAGCCACGAAGUAGUAUGUUCAGUGUUGUUAUUAAGAUAAAAACAUUGGUAUUUGGCACCAGCGAUUCAAUAGUUGUAUAGAAAGAGGCAGGACAAUGAUAUAUAGCUGUUACAAUAUUUUUUCUCAUUUCCAUUAUACCACACCGUUUCUUGAUUUUUUUUUUUUUUUUUUUUUUUCAAUUGUGAUUUUGAAUAAUCAACUUGUUUGGAAACAGAUUGAUUUACCUUAAUAGCAGCCGCAACAGUAGUGGAUACAAAACCUGAACACUAGUGGUUUGCUAAACACGUUUCGGAUUCCUCAUAGGAACUGCUUUGAUAGUGAGGUUUCUGUUUCAAGUAUAAACAGGGUCUAAGUGAAGACAAGAUGAUUUUUGAAUUAACCAUGACUUAUGGUUCACUUUCAGUGCAGUGUGUUUCAGGUAUGGUUACUGUGAUUUGCCCUCUGAUAUGCUGCCACAAAAGAUGAGUCUCAUGAAGCCUUCUGUCCAACUACUUGUCUUACACUGAUGCUGAGAGCAUCAAGAGGAAACAGCAGAGGUUGUCUUUAAAUCAGUAGGAAUAAAGUGAGAAAGGUGGAAAGUUAAUGUAAGGUAUCUGAGAUGUAAUUACAAAACUAGUAGAACAGGGUUAAUGUACAGAAGCUCUAAGCUAACAUGCAUCUAUACAUGUUAUUCACCCCAUUAUCCUGCAAUAACACAUUUAUUCCAGUUGUUUUUCCCCAUUUAUUUGUAAUUUAUUGAUUAGGAUAAACCCCUUUAGAUGUCCCAUCCUUUCCAACAUAACAGGAGAAAUACAUAAAGCUUUAAUGCAACUUAUUUUUCUCCUUAUCUCUGUAUCUAAGAUGAAGAGAAAAUUAAGUUGAAGUAUAGACAGAGCUCUUGCUAGCUGUCUGUUUUCUUGCAGUUGAGAGCCUGAUCAAAUUAUACUUUUACUGGGACUGAUCUGUAAGGAAAUAUUUCUGAUUUUAGCUCAGAAUGAUCAUAUUAUUGUUAACAUCUGGACUGAGAGGAGACAUUUUUGUAAAUUCUGGUUAUCCAACCUCUGUUUUCAGUUUGGUUUCUUGCAAAUGUAUGACAUUAUAAUGUCAUAAAUUUGUGACUUUAAACAUAAAAUUUUAGAAUUUUUAAUGUCAAAAUUUAUAGCAUUUUAAACUUGGAAAUUCUGAUUAUUUUCUCAUAAAUUUGCAACUUUUUAAAUACUUAGUUUAGUUUUCUUGUAUAUAUAGGACUUUAUAAUCUAAAAGAUUUUGAUUUUUUUUCUCUAAAAUGACCAGAUACUCAAUUUUUUUAAUCUUUUAGGGCGGCCCUAAUGCACAGUUGCAGAUAAUGUUUCUAAUUUUGGUGAGGAAAAUGUGCAGGCCUAUUUCCUUGUUGGAUUAUGAGCCAAUUAAUAUCAAUGUUGAUUUAUGACAGCAGUAAAUCAGGACUCGCCUCGACCACGACAUGCAUGCUGACAUUACUCACGAAUGAGGUCAAAAGUCAGAUGUCUUUGUUUAUUUUGUACUUUUUUCUCUUAUAUAAGAUGAAUAAGUCCAGAUCUUGAGAAAACAGCCAGCAGUGACCUGUGUUAUCAUGGUGAAAGUUAAUAAAUAAAAUGUAUGGAUGCAUGUCCGCUUAGGGCUUCUGUAUUUAUCAAUGUUUUGCAAACCAAAGUAUUUACCACUAAGAAAUAUGCUGCAGUGUUUUAUGGUCAUGACUGCCAGUGUGCUGCUGGACUUACUCCAGUUAUGUUGAUUUGGAUUUUAUUAGACCAUUAAAAGUAAUUGUUAACUUAAUUUGAUUUCGGUUUUAUCACCAAGCAUUAAUCAUUACAUUUCCAUAGCUCAUUAUAUGCAGCCCUCUCCUGAUCCAGGUCUUUAGUGUUCAGUUUACUAACAGAGAUAAGAGAACUAAAGACUGUAUCCCAGCAUUGAUUUCUGUAUUUUUAUGCUUUUAUUUUGCUACUUUUAUUAAGGAGUUGUAUUAUAUUUGUAGCACUUUACUUCUUCUUGUUUAUAAUUCAGUAAGUCUUAUUUUGAGGUGAUCUGUUAAAGAGGGAUUGAAUAGAUUGGUUUUAUUUUCUGUAGGAUUUUGAAGCAGAGGAACCAUUGUGAUGCAUUUGAAAUGAGAAAAUGUAACACUAAGACACCUUUUUGAAAUCUUUUAUUUCCUUUCACUCUAUUAACAUUUUACAAACAUCUGUAUAUUUCUUUUAAGCUUUACCUUUGCUGUUCUUUUUCUUUUCAAUCCAUGUAAAUAACUGUUUUUGAAAUGCAUGUUCAUGUUUGCAUGAAUUUUAAAGGCAAAUUACACCCUUUAUCUCUAGACCCUUUUUCAUAUUAAGAAACUUCACCUGUUCUGCUUUACAAAGGUAAACGUCGCUGGAGAUGUUUGAUAUAGCUGUCUUACGUGUUGCUGCUAUAGCAGAGCAACUACAGCUUAACAGAGAGAAACUACACAGUAAUGACUGGUGUAUCAGAUGCUUUAGCAGGCAGGCCUUUAAAGAACUCACAUUUUCUACUUGAAGUAACUAAAGUUUACAGCUAAGAGACCACUACAGAAAUAUAGGAACAUGAUUUAAGAUUUAUUAAUGAGUUUUUCACCUCUAUUUGAAGAGGACAAGAUAAUGCAUAGGAAAGAGAGGAAAGGGGGCACAGGUGGAACUCCCUGGAUAAACUGGCCUCCGUAUACUGGACUGAGGCAUUAAUCAACUGCUGAGCCAUUAGCGUACUAAAAAUGAACUUAUUUUUCUUUCAUUGUGUACAACAUUUCUCCCACAGCCCAAUUAAAUUUUAUCAUGUACAGGAUUUUUGUCAGAAAAUGACAACUCAUGAAGAAAAACAGAAAAGAUGCAGUAAUUUUCAGACCUCAAGCGAUGCAGUGAAAACAUUUGAUCAAGUUAUUUAGUUUUAUACAAUGUAGUACCAACGUAUAAACUCUGGGAAAGUUCAGAAAUCAAGAUUUGGUGGCCUUUCUUUUAAGAUAUGCACACUAUAAUCAACAUUGUUUUGGUAUUCGAAGAUAUUAGAUAAUAAAGUUAACUAUAUCAGCAGAUGUGAAUAUUUUUUCUUAUUUCCGAAGGUAACUAUAAUUAUUGACCAUAUGUACCAAUACGUUGGUGGAAUUUCCAGCAGUUGAAGUCUCUUUCUUUGUUCAUCCUCGUGUUAAACUUUGAGGUGUUUUUACGGACACUAAACUAUAUUUGUACAUUGGUAUCGGCUAAUAUGAAUGUCUAAGUACUGGCAUGUUGGAUAUUACCAAAAGUCCAGUACCGUGCAUCCCUAAGUCUUCUAUGUUGUUGAACUUUUCUCAAGAAAUCUCCUCCUUAUCUUUUAAACAUCUAAAAAAUAAAGAAUGUAGUCUGCAAAACAACAAUACUAUGGCUAUGUUUACCUAGUCCAACGACUACAAAAGCAACAAAAAUUCAACUUCAGUAUAAGAAAAAUAACACAGGUGUGCAUAAUAGAUUCACAACAUGCACUAUAUUACACAUUAACCCUCUGUUUUUCAUUCUGUGACUGUUAAUUGUUUUCAAAGAUUUGUUAAAACUUACUCAAUAGGGUGCUGAUUUGGUCACCUGACAAGCAAACAAAGCCUAGUCGCUCACACCAAUAGUGACACAAUGUCACAAAAUGUGAAAGAGGUAGAGAUCAUGCUGAUGCAUGGAAAUUGUAACUGAAGAUCAGGUCAGAGGUCCGGUCCCCAGCUCCUGCUGUCACAUGUCAAAGUGUCCCUGUGCGAUACAUUUAGCUCCAAUACGCUCCCCCUGAAUGUGAAUAAAUGAGUUUAGUUAAUACUGACGGCCACUCUACACAGCAGCUUUCACUGUCAGUGUAUUAAUGUGGAGAGAAUGGAAAAGUGUAAAAAGUGCUUUAGUAGUCAGAUGACUAGAAAAAAUGCUAUACAGGCUGACGUCAAUUUACUAUUAACCACAUCAGGAUUCUGUUGUUUAAAUGAAUAGGAACUUGUUGUCAUUGCAUUUUUGCAGCCUGGCAAAUACUGAAUCGUCUUGUUUUCUUAACCAGUUGGCAUUUUCUGCAAAUAAAAGACCUUAGUGAGAAUAUUUUAUUUGGAAGUAGGAAAAUUUGUGAUGAAUGUUGUACACAAUAAACAACAAGUGUCUAUUUUAUUCAAACCUAUAAACUCACAAACUUGGGGAAUAAAAAUUGUUGUGGUUUUGUCAUUUUUCUGCAUCUGCAAAUGCAUCAGUUAUUACUGUGUAGCUGACAUGGAAGAAGUGUUAGAAGUAUGCAUGAUGCACAGAAAUGGUUUGAUCACAGCGAGCCUCCUCCUUUUUUCUCAGCUGCAUGAAGCACGUUCUGUUCUUAAAUGCACUUGUUUUAAAUAAUCUGGAACUAAACAUCUGUUCGGGCACAUUUUUUUCAAACUGCCACGCUGUUUUCUUUCUGCCAUCCUAUCAUACUACAGUUUGAUAUUAAUGUCAGAUUUAGGGUCCUCAUGUCACACUGCUGACCUGGUUUUUGCUUUCCUCAUGCUUUAGCCCCAAUCUCUCACUUUUAAAAUAAAUGGAGUAGCAUAAUUUUAAGAUAGACAUCAGGUUUAAAGAGACUAAUUUUCUGGAUUAUUUACAAAAUUAUGCAUCUGAUGAUCAAAUGGCAGGAUAAAAUAUUUUAGGAUUUUAUGUGAAAGAAACUAAAGCUGAACCGACAUUGAACUUCAUUUGGAGAAAUGAUUUUCUGCUUGAAAGCAGACAGAUGUUUUUAUAUUUUUCCUGCAUUUUUUGUAGGAGCCUAAAGA